UGUCAGAAUACCGGGCCCGGCCGCUCAGCUCUUCUCUCCUGCAGGGCCUUACCUGUUCCUCGCUCCAGCGCUGCACAGUCUUCCCGCGCCGGCUUCUGUGACAGCCGGGUGCCCACUGCGCAUGUGCUGCACUUUGUGAAUGAUCCGGUGUCUUCUGGGACACAUGACAGGUGUCCCAGAAGGCGCCGAGCCAUUCACAAAGCGCAGCGCUUCUCGCGCAUGCGCAGUGGGCACCCGGCUGUCACAGAAGCCGCCCGGGAA